CAUUCCCUUCCAUGCACUGACAGUCGAGUAUCUGAAUGCAGAGCCGGCUGGGAGACAGAGCUACCUUGGAUUUAACUACCUGCUACGAAGCAGAAGGGAGCCGGGCCUUUUAUUUGUGUCUGCUGGAAGCAAAUCGACCGUUUCCUUCCCACAGACCUGAAUAACACCCGCCAAAAUGUCUCGAAAUUCCCACCGAGAUGAUGCAGAGCGCUACCUCUUUGUUGACCGGAACCCUACAAGUGCCACGGCCACACAAGCCGACUGGACAGCGAAACGGCAGGUUUGGGUACCCUCGGAAAAGCAUGGGUUUGAAGCAGCCAGCAUAAAGGAGGAGCGUGGGGAGGAGGUCAUAGUGGAGCUGGCAGAAAAUGGCAAGAGGGUGCCCGUGGCAAAGGAUGACAUCCAGAAGAUGAACCCACCCAAAUUUACUAAGGUGGAAGAUAUGGCGGAGCUGACCUGCUUGAAUGAGGCAUCUGUUCUGCACAAUCUCAAGGAUCGAUACUACUCGGGGCUUAUUUAUACUUAUUCCGGCCUCUUCUGUGUCGUGAUUAACCCUUACAAGAAUUUGCCCAUUUACACGGAACAGAUAGUGGAGAUGUAUCGAGGGAAAAAACGGCACGAGGUGCCCCCACACAUAUAUGCGAUUUCAGAGACAGCAUACCGCAGCAUGCAGCAAGAUCGGGAAGAUCAGUCCAUCCUUUGCACUGGAGAAUCAGGCGCCGGCAAGACAGAGAACACAAAGAAAGUCAUCCAGUAUUUGGCUCACGUUGCUUCCUCACAUAAGGGGCGGAAGGAGAACACAGCUCCGAGCUCCAGUAAUUCGUUCUACGGAGAGCUAGAGCACCAACUCCUGCAGGCCAAUCCUAUAUUGGAAGCUUUUGGCAAUGCAAAGACCGUGAAAAAUGACAACUCUUCUCGAUUUGGGAAAUUUAUCCGCAUCAAUUUUGAUGUUGCUGGUUACAUCGUUGGAGCCAACAUUGAGACUUAUUUGUUGGAGAAGUCUCGUGCUAUUCGGCAAGCUAAAGAUGAAAGAACAUUCCAUAUCUUUUACCAGCUUCUAGCAGGAGCAGGGGAGCAUGUGAAAACCGACUUGCUUCUGGAGUCCUUCAAUCAGUACCGUUUCUUGUCUAAUGGGAACCUGCCCAUCACGGGGCAGCAGGACAGGGACAUCUUCCAGGAGACAAUGGAGUCCAUGAAAAUCAUGGGAAUUAACCAUGAAGAAAUCAUGUCAAUGCUGAAAAUGGUGUCAGCAGUUAUGCAGUUUGGUAAUAUAGUUUUCAGGAAAGAAAGAAAUACAGAUCAAGCGUCUAUGCCAGAUAACACAGCUGCUCAGAAACUGUGCCACCUCUUGGGACUCAAUGUCACAGAGUUUUCCCGUGCCAUCCUGAUGCCAAGGAUUAAAGUUGGCCGUGAUUAUGUCCAAAAGGCUCAGACUAAAGAACAGGCUGACUUUGCUGUGGAAGCCCUUGCAAAAGCUCUGUAUGAAAGACUGUUCCGCUGGUUGGUUCAUCGCAUUAACAAGGCCCUGGACAGGACCAAAAGGCAAGGCGCCUCUUUCAUAGGCAUCCUGGAUAUUGCUGGCUUUGAAAUUUUUGAGCUGAACUCCUUUGAACAGCUAUGCAUCAAUUACACAAAUGAGAAGCUUCAGCAACUUUUCAACCAUACAAUGUUCGUUCUGGAGCAGGAGGAGUAUCAGCGUGAGGGCAUUGAGUGGAACUUUAUUGACUUUGGACUGGAUCUACAACCCUGUAUUGACCUCAUUGAGAGACCGGCAAAUCCUCCAGGCGUCCUGUCCCUGCUGGAUGAGGAGUGCUGGUUCCCCAAAGCCACUGAUAAGAGUUUUGUUGAAAAGGUUAUCCAGGAAUUGGGAAAUCAUCCAAAGUUCCAGAAACCCAGACAGCUGCGUGACAAGGCUGAUUUGUGCAUCAUUCAUUAUGCUGGGAAGGUGGAUUACAAAGCAGAUGAAUGGCUGAUGAAAAACAUGGAUCCACUAAAUGACAAUGUGGCCACCCUUCUGCACCAGAGCACUGACAAGUUUACUGCCGAGCUUUGGAAAGAUGAUAUCCAGAAUAUACAGGCGGUUUAUUUCUUUGACAACUACGCUGUUCUGCCACAGGGUCCUGGUGAAAUGGAUCGGAUUGUGGGCCUAGACCAAGUGAGUGGAAUGGGAGAGAUGUCUUUUGGCUCGUCAUACAAGACCAAGAAGGGUAUGUUCCGCACAGUGGGCCAGCUCUACAAAGAGUCCCUGUCCAAGCUCAUGUCUACUCUGAGAAACACCAACCCCAACUUUGUACGGUGCAUCAUCCCCAAUCAUGAGAAGAAGGCUGGAAAGCUGGAGCCUCACCUUGUACUUGACCAGCUCCGCUGUAAUGGUGUCUUGGAGGGUAUCCGUAUUUGCAGACAGGGCUUCCCAAAUCGAAUUGUAUUCCAAGAAUUUAGGCAAAGAUAUGAGAUCCUGACCCCGAAUGCCAUUCCCAAAGGAUUCAUGGAUGGCAAGCAAGCCUGUGCAAUUAUGAUCAGAGCUUUGGAGCUUGACCCUAACCUGUUCCGCAUAGGACAAAGUAAAAUAUUCUUCCGAGCUGGAGUGUUGGCACAUUUGGAAGAGGAAAGAGAUCUAAAGAUCACUGACAUUAUUGUAUUUUUCCAAGCCGCUGCUCGGGGUUACCUGGCCCGGAGAGCAUUUUUUAAGAAACAGCAACAGAUGGGCGCUCUGAAAGUGGUACAGCGGAACUGUGCAGCCUACCUCAAGCUCAGAAACUGGCAGUGGUGGAGGCUGUUUACCAAGGUCAAGCCAUUACUGCAAGUGACCCGGCAGGAUGAGGUCAUGCAAGCAAAGGUUGUAGAACUGCAAAAGGUGAAAGACACCCAAGUGAAGGCUGAGACAGAGCUGAAGGAAAUGGCUAACAAAUACCAGCAGUUGAUAGAAGAGAAGGGCAUCUUGGCUGAGCAGUUACAAGCAGAGACAGAGCUUUUUGCCGAAGCUGAGGAAAUGCGCUCCAGACUUGCAUCCAAAAAGCAGGAACUGGAAGAGAUUUUGCAUGACUUGGAGGCUCGUGUGGAAGAGGAGGAAGAACGUACCCUGCAGCUACAGAAUGAGAAGAAAAAGAUGCAUCAACAUAUACAGGAUUUAGAAGAACAGCUGGAGGAGGAAGAAGGUGCUCGACAGAAACUUCAGCUCGAAAAAGUAACCACAGAGUCUAAGCUUAAGAAAAUGGAAGAAGAUAUACUUUUGCUUGAAGACCAGAAUGCCAAGCUGGCCAAGGAGAGGAAGCUGAUGGAUGAGCGUAUUUCAGAAUUCACUUCAACUAUGGCUGAAGAAGAGGAGAAAGUGAAGAGCUUGAAUAAACUGCGUAACAAAUAUGAAGCCGUCAUUGCUGACAUGGAAGAUCGUCUUAAAAAGGAGGAGAAGGGAAGGCAAGAGAUGGAAAAGAUGAAGAGGAAACUGGAUGGUGAAACCACUGACUUACAGGAUCAGCUUUUAGAGCUCCAACAGCAGAUAGAGGAACUAAAGCAACAGCUGGCCCGCAAGGAAGAAGAACUCCAAGCUGCUCUUGCAAGGAUUGAUGAUGAAGUCGGACAAAAGAACAAUUUACUGAAACAACUCCGAGACUUACAGUCACAACUUGCUGAAUUUCAUGAAGAUCUAGAGUCAGAGAAGGUUGCACGAGCAAAGGCGGAAAAGCAGCGACGAGAUAUUGGUGAGGAGUUGGAGGCUCUAAAAACAGAGCUAGAAGACACUCUUGACUCCACCGCUACACAGCAAGAGCUCAGAGCCAAACGGGAACAAGAGGUGACAGACCUGAAGAAAAAUAUAGAGGAAGAGUCAAAAGUUCGAGAAGCCCAAGUAUCAGAAAUGCGCCAGCGACACAACCAAGUGGUGGAAGAGAUCUCGGAACAGCUGGAGCAGGCACGAAGGUUCAAAGGGAAUCUGGAGAAGGUUAAGCAGACCCUGGAGAGUGAGAACACUGACCUCAUUAAGGAAGUCAAGAAUCUUCAAGCAGCUAAACAGGAUUCAGAACAACGAAGGAAGAAGCUGGAGCAGCAGGUGUCAGAAUUUCAGAUCCGUGCCAAUGACAGUGAAAAGAUCAAGGCUGAACUGGCGGAGAAACUGCAGAAACUGCAGGCUGAAUUAGAUGGUGUGUCAGGUGCCCUAGGAUCAACGGAAAGCAAGUCAAUCAAACUAACCAAAGACUUGUCAACAGUGCAGUCCCAAUUCCAGGAUACCCAGGAGUUGCUUCAAGAGGAAACAAGGCAAAAGUUGAAUUUUAGCUCCAGAGUAAGGCAGCUGGAAGAGGAAAAGAAUAACCUUAUGGAGAAUCUAGAAGAAGAGGAAGCUGCUAAGGCCCAGCUAAACCGUCAGAUCCAGACUUUGCAACAACAGCUUCUCGAGUCUAAGAAGAAGAUGGAGGACCAGGGUGGUAUGGUCGAGUUUAUAGAGGAAGCCAAGAAGAAAGCAUCAAAAGAAUUAGAGUUGCUCCAGCAGCGUUUCGAUGAGAAAAAUCAAUCAAACGAUAAGAUAGAAAAGACAAGGAAUCGCUUACAGCAAGAGCUGGAUGACCUGAUUGUGGAUUUGGACCAUCAACGUCAAAUAGUCUCCAAUCUGGAGAAAAAACAGAAGAAGUUUGACCAGAUGCUAGCCGAAGAGAAAAACAUUUCUGCACGUUAUGCAGAUGAGCGGGAUCGUGCUGAGGCCGAGGCUCGUGAGAAGGAAACAAAAUCCCUGUCUCUGAGUCGGGCCCUGGAAGAGGCCAUUGACCUAAAAGAUGAGCUGGACAGGCAGAACAAACAAUUAAGAGCCGAGAUGGAUGACCUAGUUAGCUCCAAAGAUGAUGUUGGCAAGAAUGUUCAUGAGCUGGAAAGAUCUAAACGGGCUUUGGAGCAGCAAGUUCAGGAAAUGAAAACCCAGCUUGAGGAAUUGGAGGAUGAACUUCAGGGAAUUGAAGAUGGCAAACUUCGCCUGGAGGUCAAUAUGCAAGCAAUGAAAGCACAGUUUGAAAGAGACCUCCAAAACCGUGAUGAUUCCAAUGAUGAAAAGAAGAAGCUGCUCUUUAAACAGGUACGAGAGUUGGAAGUGGAGUUGGAUGAGGAAAGGAAGCAGAAAUCUCAGAUGCUUGCUGCCAAGAAAAAGCUGGAAAUGGACCUACAGGAUAUGGAGAGUCAGAUCGACUCUGCUAACAAAGGCCGAGAUGAAGCUGUUAAACAGCUGAAAAAAUUACAGCUCCAGUUCAAAGAAGUGUGGCGUGAAGUGGAGGAGACCAGGGCAGCACGAGACGAGAUCUUUGUUCAGUCUAGGGACAACGAGAAGAAACUGAAGAGCCUGGAGGCUGAACUUCUUCAACUGCAAGAGGACUUGGCAGCCGCCGAACGUGCAAAGAGACAAGCUCAGCAGGAGAGAGACGACCUGGCAGAUGAGCUCUCCAAUGGAGUCAGUGGCAAAUCGGCACUACUGGAUGAGAAGAGAGCCCUAGAGAUGCGCAUCACUCAGCUUGAAGAAGAGCUGGAUGAAGAGCAGAGUAAUACAGAGCUUCUGAAUGACAGAUACAGGAAGUUAACUUUGCAGGUGGAGACCAUGACCACUGAGCUCUCAGCCGAGCGAAGCUUUUCUCAGAAGGCAGAGAAUGCUCGGCAACAAAUGGAGAGACAGAAUAAGGAACUCAAGGUGAAAUUGAAUGAGAUGGAUUCCACCAUGAGGUCGAAGUACAAGAUUGCCAUCGCAUCUCUCGAGGCCAAGAUUAGUCAGCUGGAAGAACAAAUGGAGCAGGAGUCCAAGGAACGUAUCAUAGCCAAUAAGCUGGUCCGACGUGCUGAAAAGAGGCUUAAAGAGGUGCUGCUGCAGGUGGAAGAGGAAAGAAGGAAUGCAGAUCAGUUCAAGGAGCAGCUGGAGAAGGCAAAUAUACGCAUGAAGCAGUUGAAGCGCCAACUGGAGGAGGCUGAGGAAGAGGCUUCACGCGCCAAUUCCAACCGCCGCCGGAUGCAGAGAGAGCUGGAAGAUGUGACUGAAUCAGCAGAGUCCAUGAACCGGGAAGUGACUACCCUGAGGAGCAGGCUUAGCAAAUUAGAGCGUCAGCAACGCAAACGGGCGCCUAUCCAGUUCACCACAAGAACCAUCCGCCAGGUGUAUCAGCUGGAAGCGGUUUCCGAUGAGGAACCUGAACCUCAUAGUGGAGAACCAUCUGCCAACCAUCAGCAGCAGCAGCCCCAGGCAGAGUGAUGAGAAGCAGAAUGGAAGUUAUAGGGAGCAGUGGUGAUCUGCCCUCCCUCUAACCCAACCACAAACUCCUCCAACGCUCACAUGCCUGGAAUGGUCCAACACUAUAUACACAGUGUAGUGACUACCUUGUCUCUUAAAAAAGACAUUUGAAAGAGUGACUUAAGAACACUCCACACGAGUGCACUAAAUCCUUUGUCUUCUCCUCUCAGCCAUGGAUCUCACAGAGCAUUUUAUAAGGGAUGGACUUCAAUAGUGACAGCACACACACUAUAAUAACUAACAGGCAGAACAAUUCAUGCAGGAAUGAUAUAGGGCAAUGUGUAGAACACUCACCACCUGACUGCUUUCCAUCAACAUGUGUAUAUAUAUGUCCAUCACUUGCUCCCGAGUGCUUUUUCAGCAUCUCCACACUCCAGAUCCAUCAAACAGGUCCUGAGCUUUAAUCUGUAUUGGUGAAUUAUCCCCCUGCCCCAUAGGCACCAAGUAUUAAGAUUUCCCAUGAUUUACAUGUACAUAGAGAAUGACAAUACUGAGUUUUUAAUCAAAGAUUAAACCAAGCCACUACUUCCAUGAAUACCUUUUGAGAACCUCUUGGCCAAAUAUUGUACCACUUACAAUGAAUGUCUAACAGUGAAAUAGUCACCGUGCCUUUUAUAAACCGAGGCACUUAAUUGUAAUUAGCAGAAACCAUCAAUUCCAACCCCAAACAGCACUGAAGAACUUCAUUUCAUAAGCAUUCCCAGAGAGUUAUUUUUAUAUAUAUAUAUCUUCCAUGUCAUUGUGUUGGCAAUUACGUCAGAAUCAUUCUUCUCAUUUUCCACCAGGCCUCAAGUGCCAGUCUAGACUUAGUGGCACAUUUAUACUUUGGCCAGUGAUGUGACGUCUGUCCCAGGGUCUCUAGUCUCAUCUAUAAGGAGCAAAGCUAAUAUAGGGGCCCUUUUAAUGGUGCAAAUCGGUAACUUUUCUUAGGAUAUAUAGAAUACAUGGCCGUUUAAUAAUGUGUGUGCCAAUGAAUGUUGGCAGUAUGCUGUUUGCAGACUUCAUUCUGUGUGCAGAACAUUAUUCGCUAGGUCAUGAAUGCAAUUUGUGCCACCAUUGAAUGGCUGUGAAUCUUUAUUAUAAUUCCCUUACACUUUCGGCAUAGGGAUGGCUUAGCUGGGGCUCUUAAACGAUUGCUGAUGGCUCUAUCUGUAAACGUGGCUCAUAGUAUACACACCCACAUACACCCGGUGAGCCACAGGCUGACAGCUCCCAUGUCGGCCCCCUUUUUCUACACAUAUUGCAUGUCUGGAACAAUGCUUUUAAACAACAGGGAAAUUGAGUCAAGUCUAGGAAGUUUAUUACCAUCAAAGCUCAUUUUUCUGGAAACCUGAAUGUUUUAUUUAAGUUUAUAGUUAUCUUUCAUUCUUCACUGGGGAUUAUUAAGUUUUGUAGAGUAGGUUUGUCGUUAGUAAUACAUAACAGCUGGUUUGUUUCUCUUCGGGGUCCCUUUAUGAAUGAUAGUUCUACUCAAAGUUUGGUAAACCUGCAGCUCCUACAACUGCCGGCAACCAAAUCCUGCUAAGGAUGCUAUCCGUUGUAAGUCAACAACAGAUAGCAAACCAUUUGUAUGAGCCUGUAAUGAAAUAACCUGUGGGAAAUAUAUCUGACACAAGACUGUAGAAUGUGUAUUCUUACUCUGCACGAGCAUCAAAAAGCCAUUGAUAAAUGUCGUUUUUUUCUCUGUACAAACCCCGCAGUCGUAUGAGUAUGGCAUUUGCAGCAGGGAAAUGAUAUUGUAAAGGUGUAUAUUUUACUUUGUUUGAGCAAAUGAACAGCCUGUGACUAUUGUUUGUGUUCAUAUAUUCCCCAGAUCUCUUCCAUAUACAUGUGAAUGUAAGAUUUUAGAACAUUGACAGCAUCAGGAAGGAUUGCCCUCCUCCCCAGGUGCCUGGGGAAAUGGGUUUGUUCAGUUAGAAACAAAAUCAGAAGAUUUCCGGCAGGUGCAUUAUAUGUAUAAAUAUGGCCCUGGGUGACUUUCACUUUCAGUCUAUUAAUCUUCUCUUGCUCUGUCUCUCUCUCUCUCUCUCUCUCUCUCUCUUGCUGUCAAUGAAAUGAAAAAAUACAUUUUUUUAAACUGUUAAAUUUAGGCAGAUAUUUUUGUCUUUUAUUUUUUAAUUUGAAUAUGUUUUAAAAGAAAAAAAACAGGCCGGUUUACAAGCUCAAAGUGCUAAAGUGGAUGCAUAAUGGUGUGCAAUCUUGGAUGCUAUGCACAAAGCCCCAUGCACAUACUUAACAACAAGCUCCGACCAAACAUGCACCCAUUCUGCCUGCACUCAUGAACUGCACUCAAGUACAGCCCUGUUAGAAAGCCUGCCAUAAGGAGGUACUACUUAGGGUUCCCAACGAGUUAAUCCUGCACAAGUUGUGGUGCAUGCUAGACACAAAUUUUGUGGAUAAAAUCCUGCAUUGUAGGUAAAAAUAAAAGUCAUUGAGGGUUGCAUCCAUUUUAGCACAUUGCACUUGUGUUUGUCAAUGAGCCUUAUUAUGUAACUGACAAUUAAAACAGCAUCAUGUUUUGUUUGAAUUUUUUUUCUUGUAAACAUUGAAACAUCUGCUCCUUGAAGGGAAUGGUAUAUGGCUUUUAUUAAAUUGUCAUUCUAAGAA